AUGACAACCACUAAUAACACUUUCUCAUGGGAAUCUAAUCUCACACCCCAGGAGGCUCCAUACUAUGCAAAGCUUUUUCAGAUGACAUCAAAAUCGAAUCCCGGAAUCGUUACUGGGUCAGAGGCAGUACAAUUCUUUGCGACGUCUGGUGUACCAAACCAGAUCUUGUCUAAUAUCUGGGAGGCCACCGACCAUGAAAAUAAUGGUUAUCUAACACCAGAGACAUUCUCUAUCGCUCUCAAACUUAUCGCUUGUGCACAGAAUGGCAAGCAAGGCAUUCCUUUAUCUACAAGCCCUGUCAUGACCAGAGCUUCACCAGCACCGGCAUCUGCAUCAACACCGGCACAGGCACCGGCACAGGCACAGACACCAGUAUCCACACAAGCAUUACCACCCUCAGAAAUCAUCACUCCCACAGAACGUGAAAAGUAUGCUGCCAUCUUCCGUGCUCAUCACCCGAACAAUGGUGUCUUGGACGCAGAAACUGCCAAGAGCAUCUUUCUCAAGUCACAGUUACCCGCCGAGACACUUGGCCAGAUAUGGCAAUUGGCUGAUGUUCAACAAAACGGACAACUCACUCAACCGGAAUUCGCCAUCGCAAUGCAUUAUAUCGCUAAACUUAUGGACUCAACAAUCACGACCCUUCCGGCACAACUACCUCAAAGUGUCUAUGCAUCUGCUACUGGUACGCCUUCUAUUGCCGACCUGGCCAUAAACCAAUCCCCCAUGGUUCGAUCAAACACCAUGAGCCCUCCACAGCGCUCCCAGACGAUCGACUCACUUGGCUCAGUCGCCUUUUCCACGGCCAGUGUCGGACAAGAACCAGGUGUCUGGGAUGUCACGGCUCAAGAAAAAGCACAAUACGAUGCCUUUUUUGACAAGAUUGAUACUGCGCACACGGGACAUGUCCAGGGUAAAGAGACGGUUGAGUUUUUUAAGAAUUCGCAAUUACCUGAGCAAGACCUGGCGGUUAUCUGGGAUCUUGCGGAUGCUGGCCAACGUGGCCAACUCUCGCGUGAUGAAUUUGCUGUUGCUAUGCAUCUGAUCCACUCUCGUCUCAGAGGUGCGCCGCUUCCAUCGUCUUUGCCAAGGAGCCUUGUGCCACCCAGUCCACACAUCCCAGCAAAUCUUGGCACUUAUACUCAUAAAGGUAAUAUAUAUAUAUAUAUUUGGUUGUUUGUGUCAAUAGUGAGGAUAUGA